AUGACUUUCAGCAAUUGUCAUUCAAACUCUCCGUUCCGGUUGGGUCCUGUUCUUUCUCCUCCCGUUGAGAUCAAUUCUCUCGGCCCGGAAAUCAUGCUCUCCCUUAUUGCCCUCCCGGCAUUUGCGCUCUUCGCUACAGUGCAAGGCAUCCCAUCCCAUCAGCCCCAUCUCCACAAACGAUGUGGUCCUGUCCAAGAAUUCUACGGCCAGCAUCAAGGAGACUGGGAUAUCUACAAUACAACCGACUGGCUGAAUAACUGGUGGGACAGCAACACCGACCAGACUUCCAGCAACACGGCCGGAUUCGCCGGAGCAUUCGGACAAUGGGCCAUGGGAAACCCAGACUGGUCCUGCAGUGACAGUGGCUCCGAUACCGACUGCGACCUGAAUCUAUGCGACAAUCGAGUCCUGAAUGAUAAGGGUGAUGACAUUCGUCCUGCUUAUUAUGUUCUCGAGUCUGUUAAUCGACUCCAUACUUACUUCACUGGUCUUGGGGAGGCGUUCACGACGACCGCCCUUGGGGCUGCGCUGUCGAAGGAUGAGUGGGCUUUGACGUUUUAUAAGGAUAAGGAUGACAAGAGCGUCACGGCACUCAAAGAAGCGCUUAAUGCUGUGACCACUAUCGUUGGCAUUGGGGUGACUCUUGCGGGCUUGGGUCCUGCGGUCGGUGGAGCGGUUGCUGGAGCUGGGUCUGCGCUACUUAGUGGCGGCAUUGCGGCGGGUAAUCUAGUGCUUGGGGAUCACAAGGAUGACACCUUCGAGAAAUCAGCCGAUCUCGGCAGCAUCCUGGGCACCGUCGUCGUCGACUCCCUCAAGUCUUUCACAACAGCUAACAACGACCUCAUGUCCGGAAAAGAGUAUAACGAGGCCGAUAUCCGAUCCUACCUUUCAGGAGGCGCCUUCCUCGACUACCCAGGGGUAGACAAGAACGCCGUGACCGACUCCAUGACAGCCAUGAUGGUUGGAACAGCAAUUAACCAGCUCUAUCGGACACAGAAGAUCUUCGUCAUGGGCGGUGGAGCAUGCGGUGAUAACCAAGGCAUUGGAUCAGGACCCCAAGAAGCCCUCAUCUGUCGUGAUGAUAAGGCUUGGUAUCUAUAUUACUGGCAGGAGAACGACGUGGUUUCCACCACCGCACAUCAAUGGGGAUGGGUGGCGUCACCACCGGGUGCGGAUCAGCUAGGACAAGGUUCGUAUAGCGGUGUCAGCGUUGAGGAUAUCAUCAACUCAUCCCUUGAUGCGUUUAAUGCCGCUGGGUUCGAUUAUAAUGCCGACAAAGCAGCGGAACGAGCGUCCGAUGCGAUCUCGAACGCGUGGGCCAGUCCUGGUGAGAAGGGCGCUUCGUGGGAGGGUGUGUUUACUAUUCCUGUCUGCGAUGUUGGAGGCGCAGUGGAUUCGGACUUUGAGAUGAAGGAGUAUAUUCUGCAGCCUUAUGGGCAUGACAUGCGUCCUGUUUGGUGCGGUGCGAUCUGUGGAGGUGAUCAACAGACAACUGAGAGUUUCAUUAACGCUGCUAAUAUGGGUGGCUUUAAAAGCCCGAAGCAUCUCUGUUCCGAGGAUCCGGGUUAUUGA